UGGAGAGGCUUGCAAAAAAGGCUAGGUGGCGCUCGCAUUGAUCACAUUUUCGAGGCGACGACGAGCUGUUGUUCACGCUUUCGACGAGCUUUCGUGUGCCAGGCUUCCGAUUGCAUUUAUAGUAUCAGCAACAAGCCUCAGCAGCACAGGGCCGCGGACCCAGCUCGCAGCAGCACACCGAUGUCCUUCGCGAACAGCUUCUCGUCGUUCCCGCCGCCGGGCACGGCGCAGGCGCCGCGCCUCGUCGACACGCCGCCGCGGCCGGUGCCGCGCGCGCCCGAGGCCACGGUGCCGGCGGUCCCGUCGCCCAUCGGCGCCGCGGAUCAGCUACGCGACCAGCAGGACGUGCGCGACCUGGAGAUUGUGAAUCAACGCCUCCUCGACGCGAUACAAAGUGGAGACAAGUUGACGUACUCGGUCCUCGUCGACGACGGCGUCACGGCCUUCGAGCCCGAGGCCUGCGGCCACCUCGUGACGGGCAAGGCCUUCCACAAGUACUACUUCGAGCUCGAGGCGGGCGGCGAACCCGCGAGUGCCUCGACGAUCGUCGAGCCGCGCUACCGCGUCUUCGGCGACGCCGCGGUGGUGACCUAUGUAAGGUUGCAGCAGCGGGGCCGCGCGACGACCUGUGUGGAAAUCAAAUUUUUACGGCGCGUUCUGCUGAAUCGUCGCGUCGACCUCCACGCCAUCGACGCGACGCCUGCUCGAUGGCGUGGCGGGGUGGGUCUCUCACGCUCGACGGAGCCAGCAAGGCCGCGUCAUCGCGUGCACCCGACACAACUGGUUGAUUUCCACACAGGCGACGACGCGGACCGAGGAGACCCGCGUCUGGAGAAGGUGCGAUGCCGCCUCGGACGCGGC